GUCAUCACGUACACAGCGCGCGGAACUCGAACCGCGUUGAAGCUUGCGGUGGUAAACUCCUUAUUUUCAAAAGUCCGUCACAAUGUCUCUUAACGCGGAGCAGAAGCUCACGGUCAGCCAGUUGUUCAAGUCUUACCUGGCGGAGCAUCACCUGAAUGACAUCACCCGCAUCAUUUCCAAACCGGAUGACGAGACCCAUCAUCCUGUGGUCGUCAAUGCAAUGACGCUGUUUGAAGCAAGUAUGGAGGUCGGCAACUAUUUCAAUGCCUUUCCAGAGGAAGUCUUGGCCUUAUUUGAUGAGGAGCUGCAAAACACAGCUAAGGAGCUGUUUAUGAACAACACCGUGUCUUCAUCUGGGCGUUGGAAACAGGACCAGAAACCACGACAGACUCUUCACACACGCAUCACGGGUCUGCCAGUUUGUCCAGAGCUCACCAGAGACACGAUUCCUCACUGCAGGGAUGCAGGACACUUCCUGUCCAUCACCGGCACCGUCAUACGGACCACUGUGCCAAAGGUCCUUGAAAAUGAACGUGACUACAUGUGCGCCAAGUGCCGCCAUGUUUUUACACUCAAGGCUGAUUUUGAACAGUUUUAUUCCUUCACUCCACCACUCACCUGCCCGAGUCCUGAUGCCUGCAAUUCCUUCAAAUUCACCUGUCUGUCUGAUAGCUCUGCUCCUGCAGCGUGCAAGGACUACCAGGAGAUUAAGAUUCAAGAGCAGGUGCAGAGGCUGGCGAUGGGCAGUAUUCCUCGCUCCAUGGUGGUUGUUCUGGAGGAUGACCUGGUCGACACCUGUAAGUCUGGCGAUGACGUCACUGUGUACGGAGUGAUAAGCCAGCGCUGGAAGCCCUUCUUCGAAGGCGCACGGUGUGACGUCGAGCUGGUUCUUAAGUCCAACAAUAUUGAAGUCAGCAACCAGCAGGGGGCGUUGUCGUUACUCACGGAAGACGUCCAGAAAGAAUUUGAGGAGUUUUGGGAAAGCCACAAAUAUGACCCUUUCACAGGGAGAAACCAGAUCUUGUUGAGUCUGUGUCCUCAAGUCUUUGGUAUGUAUGUGGUCAAACUGGCGGUAGCUAUGGUGCUGGCUGGCGGGGUUCAGAGAAGGGACCCAUCCGGAACCAAAAUCAGAGGUGAAUGUCACAUGUUGCUGGUUGGUGAUCCUGGCACAGGCAAGUCCCAGUUCUUGAAGUACGCUGCUAAAAUCAUUCCUCGCUCCGUGCUAACAGCUGGGAUUGGCUCCACUAAUGCCGGACUGACUGUGGCUGCGGUGAAGGAAGGCGGGGAGUGGCACCUGGAGGCCGGAGCUCUGGUUCUGUCAGACGGAGGCCUGUGCUGCAUCGAUGAGUUCAACAGCAUCAAAGAGCACGAUCGCAUUAGCAUCCAUGAAGCCAUGGAGCAACAGUCCAUCAGUGUGGCCAAAGCUGGAAUGGUGUGCAAGCUCAACACCAGAACCACCAUCCUGGCUGCCACCAACCCGAAAAGUCGCUAUGAUCCCAAGGAGCCGCUGUCGGUCAACGUGGCCCUGGCGAGCCCGCUCCUGAGCCGCUUCGACCUGGUGCUGAUCCUGCUGGACACCAACAACGCCGAGUGGGACCGGGUCAUUUCCUCCUUCAUUCUGCAGGAUCGAGGGCUUCCCUCUGACUCCAGCAGCCUGUGGCCCAUGGAGAAAAUGAAGGCCUACUUCAGCCUGAUCAAGCGCCUGCAGCCGCAGGUGUCUGAGGAGGCCAACCUCAUCCUGACUCGAUACUAUCAGCUGCAGAGGCGGCGAGAGAGUCGCAACGCAGCGCGCACCACCAUCCGCAUGCUGGAGAGCCUGAGCAGACUCGCUGAAGCUCAUGCCAGGCUCAUGUACCGAGAGACGGUGUCUGUGGAGGACGCGGUGAUGGCCGUCUCCGUCAUGGAGUGCUCCAUGCAGGUGAAGAGAGGUGACUUGCUUCCGCUCUACUCUGACUCACUCCUCCCGCACUUUCAGGGCGGUGGCCUGCUGGGGAACGUUAAUGCCACACUCACCACAUUCCCUGACGACCCGGGGCAGCAGUACCAAACCCAGUGUGAGAUCGUCCUCCAGGGCCUGGGUCUCACUGAGCUGCUUCAGAACGAAGUGGAACGACUGGCCAGCCUGGGGAGGAACCUGUCGGUGGCCUCUUGCUCAGCUGGACCCGCUGACUCUCAGCCAAAUAGCUGUGUGGACAAAUCGUCGCCACGUAGUGCAGACAAGGAUCCAGAGGUGUCAGAGAAGAGCCUGACCUGGCUUGACUCCUUUACCUUGCUGUCGCCUGGUGAUAUCACACCUCCGGCAGUUACAUCAACACAAGAGAUCGACACAAAUCCAAAGGCUUCUAAUCGGCAGACGGAAAAGUCGGGGAGUGAGGGACCGGACCUCUCUGCCAGAGGGACCAAACGGAAACAUACUGAAGUUACUGACCAUGGUCCAGCGCCAGAGAAGGGAGAGACUGAGAUUGGACCUUCAGGGUUUCCUAAUUGUGUUCUUGUGAAGGUUUCAAAGAGUCUUCAGAAGAGAAGAGUGAGCAGCCUGAGGGAUGGUGCGGGAGGUGGAGUUUGUGUCGGGGUUGCUGCCUGCACUGCAGAAGAUGGAAGCCACAACUCCAACAAUGUGAAUGCCAUGUUAAAAAACUUUGAAUUCAAGUCGAGACAGAAGUGCAGCUGGAGAGCGAGUGGCUCAGGCGAGUCUUCCUCGUCCCUCAUCACAAAUGGAGAACCAAACAAUUGCAAGGACAAAAAGGAUCAAGCCUCUUUAUCGAAUGCAUUAAGAAGAAUUAACAAAAUAGCUCCCCCUAGUGCGAGAAACGAAGUGACCCUCCAGUCGCCUCGAGGAGGUGAUGCGGUGUCUGAGCCACGUGACGCUGCCAACGCUCUUCUGAACCGUACUUCUCCGCCGUCAAGUGUGAAUGUAGCUACUGUUGUUUCUUCUGCGCAACAAAAACUCUCCAGGUUCUCUUUUGUGGGCACAAGUGAGUCCAAGAAGUAAGGAAGCUGCAGCACUGUGACUCUGGCCCUGUCUUUCUUCGUUAACUCAUUUUCUGUGCUUGAGAAAACAAAUCUGCUGUUGUCGGUCUCCGAACAGAUUAUUAGUUUAUUAAAAGAAAUAUGAAUGCACAGAUUAUCAGAGAGGAAGCUUGUCAUAGAGCUCUCUGUCAUUAUUGUUUCAAAACAUAUUAUAUAUAUAUAUCG